AUGUCGUCGAUACAGCCAGAAAUCGUUGUUGGAAUUGAUUUUGGAAUGACUUUCACAGGCGUUGCAUAUUCCAAUAGGAAUAUGCCGCAGCCAAAGGUCAUUCAGACAUGGCCGGGGAAAAAACACGAAACUUCACGCAAAGUACCUUCAAUUAUCAAUUAUCUGCCAUUAAGAGACGAUCCCGAAUGGGGGUUUCCCUGUCAAUAUAGUGAGGGCAAGAAGGAGUGGUUCAAGCGGUGGCUAGAACCAGAAUUUCUAGAUCCGCUUCGCGCUGCUGAACCUGAUUCAGAUCUUCCCUCCACCGCAGAGGUUAGAAAAUGGUACAAAGACUACAUGCGAUGCCUGUACCUCUACAUAAAGGACGUACUUCAGCCCCAAAUGGGCGGCUGGGAGUCCAAGCGUGUUGAGUUUCUAUUCAGCCUUCCCACUACGUUCGGAUCACAAGCAAUCAGCACAAGCCUCCGAGAAUUGCUUGUUGAAGCUGGAUUCAGCCAAGGCCGCCAUACAAUUGAAUUUGGCCUUACUGAGCCCCAAGCAUCAGCCGUUGAUGCAGCAAAAGACAGUUUACAGACUUUCGAGAACGGAGACGUCUUGCUUGUGUGUGACGCUGGAGGAGCUACAACUGAUUUUGCGCUCCUCGAACAGAUUUCUUCCGAAAAUGAGAGACCAUGGCUUCAAGAACUAGCAAAGAUCCCAGGUGUUGACGUCGGAAGUACGAAUAUCGACUUGGCAUUUGAGCUUUUAGUCGACGAGCGGCUUCGAGUAGGCAGGGUGGACCUUGCUGAGAACACUGCGUGGACCAUGAUGCACAGUGCCGAAUUUCAAGAGUGGAAAUGUAGUUUUGGGGACCGCUCAAACGAAGAUGUUCUGAAAUUCCUCGUUCCUGUUCCAUAUCUCCUCGAGUCCGUGUCGAACAGCCAAGCUGGUAUUGAAAGGGGCAAAAUGGCUUUCUCACACGACGACUUCAGGUCUCUUUUCGACCCUCAGGUGAAUCGAAUAAUAGCUCUCGUUAGGAAGCACUUAAACAAUAUAGCGCAAGAUAAAUAUGUGGUAAGUCCAGUUCACCUCUUUUCCAGUGGUGCUAGCUAA